AUGUCUUUCUAAACAUACUCAUAUGUCUUCAAAUUUAUUGUUGUUGGAGACUCAAGUAAUUCUUUCGCAUUGUAAACCAAUUUAGGUGUUGGAAAAUCUUGCCUAUUGCUUCAAUUCACAGAUAAAAGAUUCAAAGCUACUCAUGAUUUAACCAUUGGAGUAGAAUUUGGCUCAAGAACUAUCACUGUCAAUAAUCAAAACAUUAAACUUCAGAUAUGGGACACAGCUGGACAAGAGUCAUUUAGAUCUAUUACAAGAAGUUACUAUAGAGGUUCAAUCGGUGCCUUGUUGGUCUAUGAUAUCACAAAGAGACAAUCAUUUGAGAAUUUAGUCAGAUGGCUUGAAGAAAUGAAAGAAAAUGCUUACUCUAAAAUGACUAUCAUUGUUGUUGGAAACAAAGCAGACCUUGAAAAUGAGAGAGAAGUUAGUUUCGAAGAGGGCUAAUAAUUUGCAAAGAAGAAUAAUGUUAUGUUCUUUGAGACUUCCGCAAAGACUGCUAUGAAUGUUGAUGAUGCUUUUUUGACAACUGCAGGUAUAAUUGCUAAAAAUAUCGAAAAAGGAGAAUAUGAUUUAAGCAACGAGAGUAUUGGUAUUAAGCCAGGCAAUGCUCUACCCAGUCAUAUUCAGAAAUAAGCAGACCAAAAUAACUAAAAGAAAAAAGUAUCAGCAUAAAGAUAGAUUUCUGAUGAUCGUAACAAGUCCAAUUCUUGCUGCUGA